GGCUUUUAGGCUUUCGGGUGGACAGUCUCCAGACUUUGGACUCUUCAACUGUAGGGAACGGAAAGUCUUACAGAACGUCAGCCAUUAUCCAAAAUGCGGCUCAUAUUUCUGCUCUCUCUGGUAACGAGUUUAUGUUGCUGCCACCCUGCUUCAGUGUUUAUCAGGAGGAAGGCGGCUCAUGGAGUCCUCGCCCGCAUUAAGCGGGCAAACUCGGGGUGGUUUGAGGAGCUGAAGAGGGGCGACCUGGAGAGAGAGUGCAUAGAGGAGAAAUGCUCUUACGAGGAGGCCAGGGAGGUGUUUGAACACACAGAAGUAACGAAUGAAUUCUGGAACAACUACCAUGUUAAAGAUCUCUGUCUGCCGAACCCAUGCAAGAACAAUGGUAGCUGCACACAGAUGAAACAAUCUUACACAUGCCUGUGUCCAGCAGGUUUUCACGGGCGUGAGUGUGAACAUGUGAUUAAAAAUAUUCCUGAAUCUUGCCUCGAUAAGAAUGGGGGAUGUGAACAUUUUUGUGAGGAGCAAGUGGGGAGACGCAACUGUUCCUGUGCGGACGGGUACUUCCUUGGGACGGACGGACAAAGCUGUCUGACCCAUGAGAUGUUUCCUUGUGGCAAGGUGCCACUUCUCCAUGCCAACAUCAGUAGAAAAAAUGUGGAGCAUGACCAAAGGGCUCGAAUAGUAGGAGGGACAGAAUGCCCUAAAGGAUACUGUCCGUGGCAGGUCUUGUUAAAGUACGGUGAAAAGGCGUUCUGUGGUGGUGUGAUCUAUAAGCCUACAUGGAUCCUCACAGCCUCUCAUUGUUUAGAAAAGCUUGCAGUCAAGUUUCUCAAAAUAGUUGCAGGUGAGCAUGACAUUAACGUCAACGAAGGUUCGGAACAAACUAUAGAAGUGGACGAGAUGAUUUUGCACCCCAAUUACGUCUCGGCAACAGCAGAUAAUGACAUCGCCCUCCUCCGUCUCCGCCGUCCCAUCGUCUACAGUACGUACGCGGUACCCGUGUGCCUCCCUCGCAAAAUAAUGGCUGAACGAGAGCUGUGGAGAGUCCGCUUACACACCGUGAGCGGAUGGGGACGACGAGGCGAGGAUGGACCGACGUCACGAUUGCUCCGGAAGCUCAAAGUGCCCCGUAUCCACACUCAGGACUGUGUUAGGGAAAGCAAAGUCUCGCUAACCUUGAACAUGUUCUGUGCUGGCUACUUCGAGGGUAAGGAGGACUCGUGUAAGGGGGACAGCGGUGGACCUCUCGUCACCUCUUACGGGAACACCACAUUUCUCCUGGGCAUUGUGAGCUGGGGCAAAGGAUGCGCCCGCCCAGGUCACUACGGCAUAUACACACGUGUAUCCAAUUACCUGGAGUGGAUCCACAAGCACACCUCAGCUACCAAUUCAACAAAUGAAUGAGUGGUAGUGGGGUCAGUGGAAAAGAUUGUCUAACCAAAUGUGUGUUUUUGUCAAUUUUAAUUCACCAAUCUUACUGUUAAUAUAUAAUAAAACCUUGUUACAGUAACUGUUGGUAGGUUGGCAACAUGGACUAUAAACAAGGCGCACUUAGAAAACAUGAAUUCUUACACUAUCUAGUGCUGCUCGGUGCCUGACAGAUCUUACGUCACAUGGCCUUGAUUUAUUUUUGUUUGCAAUAAGCUUGAGAGAGUGGAGUUAAGCAUGAGCAGAUGUGCAAAGUAGGUCACUCACAGCAAAAAUGGCAAAUUACACAAUGACUUUUAUCUUG